AUGCGUGCAGGCGUCGUGUUGUCGGGGAGACCCCACACAACCACGGGUGCGUAUGCGCACGCAUCAGAUGUGGACAAACGUGCCGAAGACAUGCGUCGAAUGUCCUUUUCGGAGAUUCUGCGCCAGGAGGUCGAGACUGCUCGGAUAGUGUGCGCACAGGCUCCCGCACCCAAGAGCAAGGCCAGCGAAAGCCAAAGAUGUGAGGAAGAAGAGGAGGUGUCCCCUGAGCCCGAAACAAAAGGGCCCGUUGUGAGCAUCGCUGUGGCCGAGACCGAGACGAAGCCAACUACACCGAGCCCCAGGACCGAAACAGGAGGCCAGAGCCAAAGCCUGUCCCUGAAGUCUUUCAAAAGUAUGAAGACGGCAGGAACGGUGAAAUUCCGCCACCAGGGCUCCCAGGAGGAGGGUCCAAAUGCGGAGACGCUUUCUAGCUUCACCGAUGUCAGCCCGGUGAAUCGCGCCUCUGAGCUUGAUGACCUGCUCGGCUUCACCUACCAUCAUGUGGAGAAGACUGAGCGGGGGCCGGACCCCUCGGAUCCUUUGCGACGCGUUCCCGUCGCGUGCCAUGCUGGCACCGCGGAAAGGUUGUCGCACAAAGGCCGCGUUGUAGACUUUGCCUUCAGCAGCGAUGGCCGCCUGGCAACUGCCGACGAGGGCACCGUUGCCUGCUGGCAGGCCGUGCCUCCUGCCAUGCUCUGGGAAGCUGCUACGUCCUCUGUGAGCCGAUUUGCGGCGUCGCCCAGUGGAAAGCACGUAGCAGCUGCAAACCUUCGAGGCCGGAUCUACGUUUGGGACACAAACACCUCGAAAUCCGUGACAAGGGAGAUGCCAGAAGAGGUGAUGGUGCUUAGAUUUAUCGCCGAUGAUAAGCUGGCGGUGGCUCUCGCUGAGUCUGUGCGGCUCUUCGCAAUUCCUGAGUUUCAGGAGGUUGUGGAGCUGGUGCAGCCUGGGGUAUCCGCACUUUGUGCCUCCCCGGACACCACGGUGCUCGUAGCUGUGGGUGGCGCUGCAGCGCCGGCCUGA